CGGGAAGAGGCUCCAGCUCAUUUGCAGUCCGAGAAGUGAGGGUGAAGCAAUGUAGAUAAAGCACCAAGUCCAAACAAACGCGCAACACAACCAACAGCAUGGCCUUGGAGCAGCCACGCGGGGCCUUAGGAAAGGUCUCCAUUGUAUUUGCAGUCAAGCUCAAGUCAUUUACCUUCCUGCCAGUUCUGAAAAAGCUGCCUACGGAGAAGAGGGUGAAAUCAGUGUCAGAGAAAGGAUCGGGUAAACUUAGUGAGGCUGUAGGAGACCAUGGCACCGCAGAGGGAAAAACAGAAGGUACUUACAAGGCUGAGGUUGUGUACAUUAGUGACAUGAAGCAACAAGAGAUAACCAAGCACUCUGAAAUUCAGCUGCAUAAAUCUACUACCAAGUCAGCUGUUGCCCCAUUGCCUACUACCCCAGCUGUGGCUGAUGCUGAAAUAGGAUUCACAAGUCCAAAGCCUAGCGCUGGCGCCCUAGUGACAUCUGCUAAUAAACACCCAGUGUCUCCUCAGCUAGGGUAUCACAACACUGGAGCUGAGAUCAACUCAGGGCUGUAUUUAAACACUGAAUCUCAGAGAGAGGAGGAGGUCCUGAGCCCAGUCAGUUCUGUAGAACUUUUUACAUCUCCUUUCUCUUCCAAAGAGUCAAUCCAUUCUGAGUGCUGGGAGCAGGACCCAGGCUGGUCAGCACUCCGAAUGCUAUCUCCUAGUGGUUCUGUCUCCCCCUGUUCGUCUGUGAGGUCAGGGGCUUUUUCCCCGUCAGUGAUGAAAAUCAAGUGCCACACACUUGUUCCUGGCUCCAGUCUAAUGCAGAUGAAACUUAACUCCUGCCAGAUACUCGACUGCAACAAACAUAGCAUCUCGCCAUGCCCCAUGUCCACCCGUGCCCGUCACAGGCCCCCACCCACACAACUGUCAUUAUUAACAGCCAUCUUGAGAAAGGGCCGUUUGCCAGUCCUUUCUUCUGCCUUGAAGAGGCCAUACUCUCCUUGUUGGCCCAUUAGCCCAGUCUACAUGUCCUCCUGUCUAGCCUGUUCAGCAGCUUCAGCUGUACCUCCCAUGGUGGGCUUACGAGCAAAGUCUUGCGUGUCUAAAGGCACAACUUGUACCGAUCCCAGUUGCAAAGCAAGACCAAAGCCCCCAGGUUUAAUCGCUGAGACAGAGCCUGUGUCACCCAAGAACCAGGACAAAGGAUGCCUCUAUUCAACAACAGUGGAAACAACAAAUGCAAAUGAUGCUAACAUGCAUGCAGUUAGAAGUAGGAUUAUACCAACACCAGAAGGAAGAGGCUCUUUGUCAAGCUUGUCAAGCUACUCUCCACUGGUGCCUCAUUCAGAACCUCUGUACAAACAAACCCAAAAAGGCAUUCAUGUAUCCACAGACCCCAGCUUUUUGCUUGGUACAUCAUCCUACAGAUCAGUGCCUGUUUCUCCUGAGCCCCAAAUGGAAGGAAAUGUACACAAAUCAAAUGGUACCUCUCCUAUUUUAAGAAACACAAAACCUUUUCAGACAUCAUCCUCUGAUUUAAAACCCAUGCAAAUGGCACAUGAACGAUCUCUUACCCCUGAUCCCAAACCCAUUCAACAGUCUCAAGACAGAUUAGCUUCAGCAGUCCCAAAGUACACAGAUGUCAAAUCAGGCUCUCAUUUGCAAAACAACACAAAAAUUUUCCAAGAACUAGAGAGAAUUCAUUCACUAUCACCAGUUUUUCAACAUUCUCCUUCCCCAAGGGUUGCUGGCCUCACCCACCUCUCUAACACACCUUCUGUUUCACCAGUCCUUCCCUCAUCAAGACCAGGCACUUCUACAUCAGACCGCUGCACAUUAUCAUCAUCUCCAGCAAUUCCCUAUCAUCACCUUUCCCCCUCUCCCUCUUACUCCCUCUGUUCCUCGCCUACUUCAUCCCUAAGGGAAAGCAGUCCAGAUCAUAUAGACAGGGUUAACAAAAAGACACACAAGAUCAAGUCCACCUACAAGGCUUUUGCUGCUAUUCCAACCAAUACACUCCUUCAGGAACAGCAGGCAAUUGAUGAUGAGAUUAAUAAGAAUAUUGAUCCUCUGGACCCCAGCGACAGUUUUGCAUGGGAGGACCCUCAUUCUCAGAUGUGCAGCCCUGCCCAGCUCCGACAGCAGUCCACAGAGCUGUAUCAAGUGAUUGAUGAAGUAUUAAAGGACUCAAACCGAGCAGAAGCAUCGAGCCCUGCUAAACUCACCCCGAAGUCUGUGGCAUCUGAGACAACACGGAAACUCACACCAUCACCGUCACCAAGAUCUUUAGGACGAGAAACAAAAUACGCUAAUUUUCAUCACCAUCCUCCUGCUCCUGCUGAGAAAACACUGACAAAGCCUGGGGUUAUAAGACCAGCCGUGGUGAUGUCAAGAUUAGAUGAUGACAAAGAGAAAAGUUGUUAUUAUCAGACACAGCAAGAUAGUUUCUCCACAGACCAUCAGUACAAGGAUGCCAGCAGUACGUUGCCCAUGACGGAUGAGAUCCGUGGAAGAGGAGAUUUGGAAGGAGAGAGGGAUUCCUCUGAGGUUCCUGAGAAGUGUGUGUCAAGCUCGGUGGACGUGAUGAAUCAGGCCAGGGAACAUAGCACUCCGUCGCCGAGAAGCACAUCUCUGUAUAAAGUGUCCUCACCUCUGUAAAGGAGUGAAAAUGGAAACUCGGUAUACUCUUAUUUAAGUGUUCACACAGAAUAAGUGAGUCAGAGAAACAGAAAGAAAGAAAUGUAACAGUGUGACCUCUAACAUUGUGAAAUCACGCAGUGAAACCAAGACAGUCUCUUUUAAUGUCAUUACUUUACUGAGUUUAUCCUUAUACAUUUUCGCUGUUUCACUGAUUUAAUGUCAUCUUUCUGUUGAUUAAGUGAACGAGAAAUGCAUGUCACUUUUUUAAGGCUGUUAUAUUGCAGUACACUUAUUAGAGGAGUUCGAUCACAAAUCUGUUUUUGUACCAUUUUCCUUUCUUCUGCCUUUUUUCUUUUUCUACCAUUUGAUUUCUUCUUCUACUUUUUCUUUUCUUUUCACUGUUUCUUAGGGCCUCCAUAAGGUCCACACUUUGCACACUUUGUCUCUCUUCCACAGCCCCUUAUACACCUUGAGGUGACGACGGAUUGAAGGACUGUGCUAUUGUGUAAAGCUAUUUAAGUACUUAUAGAAGAAUGCUCUGCUUACAACUGUAUGUAUUUUAUAAAUCUUUUCUUUCCAGCAUUGGUAUGUAUUUAUUAUAAACGAUUUGUGCUGUAUUCUGAAAUAAAAAAAGGGGUUUGUAAAGAGGUUCUACAUUAAAUUUGAUGAUUAUGUUGAUUUGACACUUUAAAGUUAAAGUGCUAAAAGGAACACACACACACACACACACACACAGAUACAUUAUAUGUGCUGUUAAAUUAAUUCCCAAUCAAUCUAACAAUUAUAUUUAUAAAUAAUUGUAAUAAAUAAAUAAAAUUUGAUUUAUUAUUGUUAUUAUUACUGUUAUUCUAACGA